UGAGAGGUGAGGGGGACAGCGCUGAGGGGACAGGUGAGAGCUGUGAGGGGACAGAUGACAGAUGGGGGGACAGUGCUGAGGGGACAGGUGAGAGCUGUGAGGGGACAGGCCCUGUGUGCCCCCCCCAGGCUGUCAGAGCUGCUUCCCCGGAGGUUUCCCAGAAGCCCAGCAAUGGGAUGCCCUGUGAGCGCCCAUCCAGCACCUGCCAGCGGUGGGAACAGGGAAACCACAGCCAAAGUUAUCAUAAAGAGAUGGCAGGCAUUGCACUUUUGUUUUCUAUUGAGCCAUCCUCACCUUAAUGAAAAGUUGUAGUGUUGCUGCCUACUACACCUAGAUUUGAAGAGCUGACAGGCUCCUACAGAAGAUGGUGCUUUGCAACUCCUGUUGCUAAAACUGCCGCCAGUUCUGGGAAGUGUUUUGCAAACAGAGCUCGAGUCAGAAGGAAGGAAACGAAAAGGUUUUUAAUGGAAUUUGCCCGAUAACACACAGAACAGAAUCAUGUUGCCUCUCUGUAUAACAGAACACAUUUACAACUUUUUGGGAUCCUUUCAGGCACCAGCUUUUAUGGAAAUACCCUUCCUGUGAGCUGACCUUGAACGCUGGGCUCAGGCUGUCAAAAGCUGAUGUUCUGCACCCACCUCUGGACAACUUUACAACCUGGUUGUUUGGAAAGACCUGUCAGCAUGGAAGAUCAUGAGCUCACUUACAGUGAGGGAGAGCAGCAAAUAUCUCCUCAACCAUUUCUGGAAGAGGAAGAAAAUGCAGCUGGUCAGUUCAGUGAUGUGGAAGGACCCUGGGAAGAAUAUGAGCUGGAAGAAAAGCUGUUUGGUGGUGACGAGAUGGGAACCAAGGACACUUCUGGAGAUGUUGAAGACCAGUCUGAUUCCAGCACGGAAAGCUUGGAGCACUCUCUGGGUGACAUUAGCAACACUCGGGCUCUGCUGGCUGAGGAGAGAAUUCACAUAGCAGCCGUACAGAGGAACAUAAAAUUGCUUGAUGACAUGGUCAAGGAGAAGAAACUGGUGGUCCAAAAAACCGGACAAAAGCUGUGUGCCUGUCAGCUGCGGAUCAAGAUGCUGGCAAAGCAGCUGGAUCGUGUAGACAUGGAAAUAGAGAGAGAGAAGGAGGCUGGCAAUGUCCCAGCCCUGUCCCGCCUGCAGGCCGUGAGCCGCCGGCUGCGCUCCGAGCUGGAGAGGGAGAAGGAGUCGGAGCUGAUAAUUGAUUUGAAACUAGACCAAGACAAGAUGGAGAUGUGGCAGAUAGAAAUCGAGCAGGGAAAAUACGAAGUGAUCCGUGACAAACUUCAGCAAGAGGAGGAGCAGCUCCAGAAGCACUACCAGGAGCAGAGGGAAGGGCGGAUUCGGAAGGAAAAAAGAACAGCCCUGCAAGCAGAAGGGAAGCGCCGCUCCCGGGAGCAAAAAGAGGAGAAAGCCCAGAAAGAACAUGAAGAAAGAAAGAAAAAAAUACUUGAGGAUGCCAAAAGGAACCACAAGAAAGCAGCCUGCUUCCUAAAGCAAAGCACAGCAAGAAUUCAUGACAAAAUUGCAAAGGAAGAAGAGAAAACUCAGGAGCAUAUGGAGAGAAGGAUACAAGCUGUGCUUUCCCUGAAAACCAGCAUCACUUCCAACAGGGAAAAGCUCCAAACUCUCCAGGUUUUGAACAAAGCAAAGGCCUUGGAGGCAGAGAAGGAGAAGAUGAAAAUGAGGGAAGCCAUCCUAGCAGAAGGAGGCAAUGUUGUCCAGGAAAUUUUCCUCCAUAAACGACAGCUAAAGCACGAAAAAGAGGAACAAGCUUUCAGAGAACUGCAGAAAUCAAGAAAAAUUGAGAUUGUAUCUCGAAUUCUGAAAGAAGAAGCUUCUUUUCACAAGCAGAAAGAAAGUCAGUCCCGUAUUAGGGCAACUAAGGCUCGGGGUAAAGUUGAGGACCCUUCAGUGCAGAGAAAGGAAGCCUGGCCCUGCAGGGAGGAGACCUGCACACGUGCAGGUGGAGCCACAGCACAGGAGUCCUGGCUCUCUCCAUCACCUCCUUCCUUGGCUGGUGAGGGAACUGCUCCCGAGGGAGGGAGUCCUGAGGACACAGCCCAGGAUGUGCUCUGGGAAAGUGGGGAUGAUGAGAAAGAGAAGGAAAAGACCCUCUUAGAACCAGAGUUCCCGGGACUUUGGGGGCAGGAAUAUGACUUGCACAAGAUACCCAAGGAAGAGGUGGAUCCAACACAGCUGGCUAUCAGGGCACUGAAAAAAGAGGUGUCUGAGAACAAAAUGGAGGAAUUCCAAACUGGAAGUUUGGCCAAGCAAACAGUGCCUGGUCGUGAACACAAGGGCUGUGCUUUCCACAGCAAGCCCAGCUGCAUUCAUUUCAAGGAUUUUGAUGUUGGUCAAACCUACAAAAAGAAGAUAAUUUUGACCAAUGCCUCCUACAGUGUUAAUUACUGCAGGCUGGUGGGGAUCAGUGAGUGCCUCAAGGACUUCAUCAGUGUUCAUUUUGAUCCACCUGGCAAAAUGUCUUCUGGAAUGUCCUGUGAAUUUGUGGUAACAUUCAAGCCAAUGAUAAAUGAAAGUCUGGCAGGAGAAGUCAUGUUUGUGGCACAGACAGGUUCCUUUUCUGUCCCACUGCAAUGUACAGUCAAGAGCUGCGUUCUGGCUCUGGAUAAAGAGCUCAUUGACUUCGGCAGCCACGUGGUGGGAGAGACGAUUUCCCGGGCCAUCAGCCUGACAAACAGCGGAGCUCUGGGAACGGGAUUCAAAGUUCAGGCGUCAGCAGGUGACAGGAGCACACACGGAGCGACAGUAAAACCUGCCCCUGGAAGGAUGGUCCCUCGACAUUCCAGUGGCUGUGACCCUGAAGAGGAGGGGAGCAGCAGUCCUGGGACAGCUGGGCUGGGAAAGCAGGUCCAGAUUUGUGCUGAGCCCGGCGAGGAGGUGACCCCCUGUGCAGCCCAGGAGCCACAGGGACCCCAGAGCAGCAGUGCCACGGAACAACUUGAUCAAGAAGUGUUGAGUAUGAGAUCAGACCUGGACACAGACAACGCACGGGAUUCAGUGGAGCUUUCUCCUGAAGAAACACCAGUUGAAAUUAUGCUUGGAAAGGUCACUGAGGGGGAGGUUGGACCCUUCAGCUCGGUGCAAGUCCCGGUGCUGUUUGUCCCAGCUGUCCCUGGGGACGUGAGGGCAGAGUUUGUGAUCAUGUUUGACAACCCAGACUGCAAACCACUGUGCUUCAGUGCCGUGGGGGUGUCUGUGGACGUGCCCCUCUGGGUGCCCAACCCCGACGUGGACCUCAAGAUCUGCCUGUACGACCGGCUGUACCAGGACUGUGUGACCCUGCGGAGCAGAGCAAGCACCACGCUGCGUUUCAAGUUUGAAGUGUGCAAAGAACUGAGCAAGCACCUGGAGCUGCUCCCAAGGACAGGCUACAUCCAGGCUCAGUCAGCCUUCAGUGCACAGCUCAAGUUCCUGCCCAGGCAGUCUCUUCCUGAAGAUGCAGGGAACUAUUUCAAUGCAGAGACAAGAAUCCUGGAGGUCCCAGUGACAAUAGUGAUCAUGGACAAGGCUAGAACAGUCAAUUUUACUGUCCAUGCCAUUGUCUCUACUUCUGAUCUGGAAAUCAGCCCAGCAGAGAUCAACUUUGGGCACUGCACCAUCUAUGAAGCUGUUCAGGCAAAUGUCACAGUGACAAACAAAUGCCUCUUGCCACAGGAGUUUGGAUUUGUGGGGCUGCCAGAGUUUGUUGAAGUUCAACCCAACGAUGGAUUUGGAGUUAUUCUUCCCCUGGAGAGCCUGACAUUGGACAUAAUCUUUAAAGCUACCAAGGCAAAAGAGUACAGCUUUGACCUCACCUGCACGACAGAGAUUAACAGACAAUUCAAGCUGUCAUGCAAAGCAGUUGGAGUCCACCCACCUCUUGAAUUGUCUCAUUCCUUGGUUCAGUUUGCUGCAACAGCUCUGAACUCUGUGUCUGAAGCCACCCUGGACGUGCUGAAUCCCCACGUGAGUGGGAACAGCCUCAUCCACGCUGUCCCUCGGAUUGGCACGGGGGAACCUGCCCCAGUUGGACCCACUUCCUUUGAAUUCCACGUGCCAGAGGAUUGUCCCGUGACAAUUACACCUUCUGUGGGAACUGUGCUGCCUGGGCAGAAAAGCUCCAUCCGAGUGUCCUUCAGCCCCGCGCUGCCGGAGCAGCUCGUCAGGGAGGAGGCAGCUCGGAGGCUGAGCAGAGCAGCUGUGCCAGAGGCAGGAAUUCAAAUUCCCAGUGGUGACCCUCAGGGUCUGUUGGACAAAGAAAAGAAAAAUGGAAAGAGAGAGGGAAAGAAAUUGAGCAUUUCCAUUCCCAAACAGCCUGAGAAUAAUGGAGGCAGGAAAAGCCUGACUGGAGAGCCAAAACCUGAAGAGUUAAAGCCUGAUUCUGAUGCUUACAGGGCAGCCCAGGCCUCCCUGAUGAGGAGUUUCAGUGGGAGUUUUAAGAAAUACAUCAUUCCCUGCUUUGUUGCAAGUGGACAGGCUGCUGGAGAGAAGGGCUCUGGACACCUGAGCUGCAGCCCUUACAACACGUUGUACCUGGAGCUGCACUGUCCAGCUGUGGCCCCUCCUGUUCUGGUCACUUCAGACAGUGGGGACAACAUGGUCGGUUUUGGAGACGUUUCCGUAGGCCACAGGACGAUGAAGCGAAUCACCCUGCAGAACAUCUCCCUGGGGAGGGUGGGGCUGGGAUUCUCAGCCCUGAAUCCCAAUGGCCCCUUCCUGUUGGUGAGAGCAGUUAGAAUGCUUGAGCCAGGCGAAAGCAAAGCCCUGGUCAUCUCCUUUUGUCCAGAGGAGGAUAAAUGGUUCUGUGAGACCCUGGACAUCAGGGUGGCCAAUUCCACCCUCAGCCUGAGCCUCUCUGGGCACGGGGUAGUGCCAGGCACUGUCUGCUCUGUGGAAGGAGUGCUGGACAUGGGAUAUGUCAUGGCUGGGGAACAGGUGACUUCCACAGUCCUGGUCCAGAACACUUCCAGCCUGGCCCUGCCGUUCUGCACCCAGCUGGACUCGCUGUCACCCACCCGGGACAGGGACCGGCAGAACAUCCCGGCCUUCCUCAGCUCCUCUGGGCAGAGAACAGAGUUUGUUGGAACACAGAACUACAGUGGCUUAAGUGUGUUCAGCGUCUUUCCAACAGAGGGGGAAAUCGAGGCUGGGAAGAGCCAGGAGUUUGUUGUUACCUUCAGUCCUGACCAUGAGAGUCUGUACUACUCCGACCGCCUCCGGGUCGUGCUCUUUGGCAAGCAAACAGCCCACGAGGUCCCCCUGCGGGGAGCGGCGCGGGAGCACCCCAUGUUUGUGGAGGGGGGGGUUCCCCUGGACGUGCCCGUGGAGUCCUUGGCUGUCACAUCGUCUGUGGCAUCACAGGAAGCACUGACGGCAGAGCCACAGGAGCCGGUGAGGUCCCUUCUCCUGCUGCUGGAAUCUGUGGAUGGAGGGGGCCCUGCAGAGCCAGCCAGGGCAGAGCUGAGGGUGGGGGCUGUGGACACACCUCUGCUGGCAGCCAAGAAGGCCGUGGAGUUCAGCCUGGACUCGCUGCCGGAGCUGGAGCGGGCGGGGAUCGCUGUGGAGGAGCCCCGGGGAGCGCUGGAGCGCGGGCAGGAGCGGAGCAUCCGCGUGUCAUGGGCGCCACCUGCAGAGCUCAGCGUCAGUGACCCUCCCCUGGUGACAGCCCUCCUGACCCUGAAGGGGGACAUCACGGUGUGUUACCGAGUCCUGUUCAUGGCUCGAGUCGUGUCUGCCUGUGCUCCCACCCCCUGAGGGCUCCCGGCCCAUGGAGAGGAAGAUGGAGGCUGACAUUGCUGGGAAUUCACUGGAUCUCUGGGGAAACGUGGGGACAUUGGGGAUUGUUGCAAGUACCUGAGGGGAGCAGGGAGGGAAGGGACAUUUAAUAUUUCUGCUCUGUUUUCCCCAAAAUUCUCUGUAAACUCUGGUGCCACCAGGGUCAUUUUCCAGCUGACUCUGGGACAAUAAUCUGGUGGUAGAAGAAGGAAUUAAUGAGGGGCCCAAGUAGCUACAACUGCUGUUAAUCCCAGUGUCUCCCAAAGGUGGGCAUUCCACCAGGAGGAGUGUUUGGUUUACAUCCACAUGGGUGGGUUUCAAACGAGGUCUCAUUUUCCAAUUUCAGAUGCUUUUUAUAGAAUUUGGAAGAUCCUUGACUUUUUUAAGACCAGAAUAAAGUUUCAUAUCCAAGGCUCCUGCAGCCCAUCUGGGCAGUCACUCUUACAGUGCCCUCUGCAACCUGCCUGCUGAGAUGUGGUCUGGGGGAGCAGUGCCUGUGCUGCUCCCUGGGUGUGAUCAGACAUCCUUGCCCUACAUCCUGGCUGUCCAGGAACUCUGGGUUUCUCUGUUUGCUUCCCUCUGAAUUCUGACUAAGAGGAGAUCCCUGCCUCUCUCCGGGGAGGGCCCUGCAGGUGUAACUUGUGUCAGGAAGCAGCAGCUGGUUCAGGGCAGCCCAGGGUGGAGAGUGGAGGGAUCGGGGAGUCAGCACUGGAAACAUGGAUAAUCUUUGACAUCUUGUGUCAGCUCUGUCCUGAGUCACUGCAAAGCUGUAACCAAGUUCCCUCCCCCCACUCCGAGGGUGUGUUGCCCUUUGCCCCCUGUGGCUGUUAAAUCACCGGUCUGGGUGAGGCAAUCCCAGAAUGGAAACCCUGUUUGUAAAUAUUCCUGUGGCUCCGGGGGCUGCAGGAGCAGCAGCAAAGCCGCUGUCACGAGAAAUACUUCAGCAGGUCUUCCCCCGUGACAGAGGAAGCUUGUGUGAGUGAUGAGGGGGUUCCUUGUUUUUCCAGCCAGUUGUUUGAUCCAUUGAGACCUGUUCCCAUUUAAUAAUGGCUCGAGUGGCUGUGGAGUCACUUAACUCUUGAGUCUAAAGACUGCAGAUGCUGCAGCAUCAGAGAGGGGAGGGGCAGGAGCUGGGGGUGGCAGUGCCAGCCAGAGACAGCUCUGCCCUCGCCAGAGCCCUGGCACAGCUGGGCUGGAGGUGGGGACAAUGGAUUUUGUGUGCUGGUUCUCCCACAGCCUGAGAAGGGCCAGUAAAUCCCACUCCAUCACGGAAAACUGCUUCACGUGGAGCUGCCCGGGGGACAGGGACCCGGGAGAGGGCAGUUCCCAGAGAGCAAGGGAGGGCACAGCGGGUGGGAGUCAAAGGGUUAUUCCAGGCACAUAAUUUGGAUCCUUUGGAAGCAGACAAUUGGCUGGGAUGGCUGGUGACUGGAAACAAUUCCCCUCAUAGUUCAGACAGACGAGCUGGACCAGAAGUGGUGGGUUUGUAGGUGAUUCCAUGAGCACAGAGCUGGGAGCACUGGUGUGUUCUCUGGGCAGGGAUCAGUGCCAGCUCCCAGCAGGAGCUCAGCACAGCAGCCACGGCCUUCCUGCAAGUUCAGCUCUUGAACAGGCACAGGAUCCUCUUCCAUUCUGUGCUUCCAAAGCAGGUUAUCACAGUCAGAGCACUUCAGGCAUUAAAACUGCCAGGAGAUUCUAAACAUGCCACUGAGUCCACCUUACAGGACCCCAGUAGGGAUGGAGCCCUUACUGUGAGGACAGCAUGGAAAGUGUGACCUCAGGAAUAUGUCUACAUUUCCUAGAAGCUUAAGUUUUCUGCACUUGUGAUCAUUCUGCUUUCAGACUGAGUUUUUGCAACUGUGAUCACUCCUGGGUCACUGGACACAAGGUUUGUGAUUUCCCAUUUGCAUCUAAAAUCAUAAACUGCAUCCCGUGCUGAUGCAGCUCUGGUUUAAUAAACAAUUCACAUCCGUGGAUGGUCUUUAUAAUCCUUAAAAGGCAAACCCAGCUCAUUUCUGACACAGAAAGUAAAAGAAUAAGCACCAGUGUCACACACAUAUGAAUAAUUCAUGUUCUGCUUCUCCAGAAGUGACUUCAGCGAUUGCUUCACACGUAUGAGCACAGGUUUUCCUG